AUGUCAAACAAGAGAGGUCAUUGUCCUCCUACAGGAGACACUCCUGGAAAGCCAAAGGAAAAGAACCAGAGAAAUAUUGAACAGAUAGAAGGGCGACAUAUUUCCUCAAAGAAAUCUUUGUUUGCACAAAAUACUGUGAGUAUUGCCUGUUGCAUUUUGGUUGUAAAUCAUUUACAUUAAAGUAUAAAUGUAUUGAGUAUUGACAUACACUUCUUAAGGUUUUCAUCACUACAUGAAGUUACAAAUAUUACAUGUGUGAACUGAAAUUUUUUAUAACAUAAAUUUAUAUGAAUUUAAAUAAUGUAUAAUCUGUCUAAUGCCAGACUAUUUUACUUGUCAUUUGUCAGUGGUAAAAUACUACCAGUAAAUCGGUUAACCCAUUAACCACCAGUACUCUACCACUGAGGAGUAAAAUCGUCUGGCAUUAAACAGAGUAAAUGCUAAAGUAGGUCGCAUUUGGGUAGAUAAUUUGCCCGUUAACAGGUUAAUGUAUUUUAUUCUUGUAGAAAGGAAAAAAACAAGACUGGAAUAAGGAUGAGCUGAAGGGUUUGGUGAGAUAUGUUGCACUGUACGAAUCUUCUGAUUGUUGGCCCACACACAAACGUGUUGCUUUCUGGGAUGAUUGUGCAAAGGAUGUUGCAGAAUCUAGUGGAAUGCCAUUAAGAACAGGUUGGUUUUAUUUUUUGACAAGAUAUAUAAUUUAUAAGAUACUGUGUCAUAUAAUGCACUAGUCAAUCCAGGAAUGUUUUCUCAGGGGGGUGGUACCAAUCAGUGCAUAGAAGUUUCUUUGAUUAAUAUAAACCUACAAGUCUUUGAGAUCUCAACAGUGUAUCCAGCAUAUCGUCCAAAUAGAUUGUAAGGAUUCUGCCCAGGACCAUGUGGACUAGAUGACAGUAUGAAUUACAUGACCUUUCUAACAAAUUACAGUGCUUUCUUACAAUUUUUAUUCUUUCUUUAAUUUAGGAGGUGCAUGUAGAUUGAAAGUAAUUGACCACCUUAAAAAGAAAUUCAAGACCGUCAAUGAUGCUGAAGAGGCAUAUGACAUUGAUUAUGUUAAUGAGAUGGAAAAGGCCAGAAAUGAUUCUGCUGAGUUUGAACAUGAAGAACUUUGCGGAGACCUUAUGACUUUGAUUGUGCAAAAUCUUGGCAAAAUGUCAUCAAUUCAACGUAUGCAACUUGCAACAUUUAUUUAUUCCUUUAUUGCCGAAAAUGAUUUUAGUGAAGAUCUGAAGCAUUUCAUUCCUUCCAAUUUUAUUGAACUGUCUCUGCUAGCUAUGGAUCACUUGAAAUCGAACAAUAAGGAUAAUAUUGUUUUUAACUUGUGCAAAUCACUUGGAAUUAUGCGUGAAGAUGGAUCCUCAGCACGUCUGAAUGUAAACCGAAUGCCAUUUGGGUUACUUGAUUUCAACUGCAAAUUUUUUGCAUCUGAUGAUGGCAGUAAUCUGAGAGCCUCCAAGGAUUACAAGACUUGGAUGGAGACAAUGUAUGCCAAUUUUGGAAAUUCUUGGGCUCGUCUUCAUCUUGGACCUAUGUGGUCUUAUGUUGAUCAAGUGGAUGAGAAAGAGAAUAUAGAAGUGGAGAAUAAAGAGAAUGUAGAAAAGAGCAAAGGAAAGAAUCAAGAAGCACCCAAGAAUAAUAUUAUUGAAGAAGCCUUGUCAUGUGCCCUUGGAGGACUUAGUAUACCUGAUGUAUUGCCAAUUGAUUCUGAAACAAACCAGAAUCAUCAACAGGUCCUGGAAGAUUCUAGUGUACUUUCACCAGGAAGUUCCAUUCGCCUAUCAACUCUUUGGAGUUCUUUCAGCGAAAGUGAAAAAGAAGAGCUAGCAGGUGCUGAAGCAUCCCCAAAAGAGAUUGAGACAAUGCACAACAUCCAGUCAAGGCCAAAGAAAAAUCAGAAGAAGGACAGGAAGACCAUGGAUGUGAGUUCUAAAUGGUUGUUGUGACUUAUUGCUUUAAAGUGUUUGUGUAUGUUUAUCUCUUAGGCUAAAUUUUACCACUACAGUAGUGCAUGUUAUGUCAACAAGUGGUAAAAUAUAACCUUCAGAUAAAACCACCAUCUAUGUGUACUUUGUAUCAUUGAAAGCUGUAUAGAAAAAGUAGGCUCGGCCGGAGCCGGAGGUCGCUGACUUGUCAAAGUUACAAAAAAUAUGGCAAUUUUGUUCAAAUAGACAUGUUUCGACUAAGUAUUGGUCACAAAUAAUGACCAAAUAACCAUCGAACAAAGUUGAACCAAAUGAUACCCAGCUACUGAAAACUAUGUUUCAAGUUGUUAACAAAGGGGCCAUCCACAAAGGAUGUCCGGCCAAAUGAUGGAUUUUCAGCCCCCCCCCUUCCCCCUUGUCUGCCAUUGUCCGAAUUAGUGACUCCCCCUGGACAUCCGCCAUGCCUCGCAAAACUCACACAACCUUGUAUAUGUUAAGAGUAACAAACUUUUUUUACUUUUAGAACUUUUUUAUAACUAUAAAUGUGAAUACAAAAACAUAUAAAUUAUUAAUUAAAACCAACAACUGUGUUACUGCAACAUCGGGAUGAAUUUAUUGUAUAGAAAAGGAGAGUUAUACAUGCAGAAAGCUUUUAUUUGACGCCACUGUUGAAUUCAUCAUUGAAGGAAAGAAUUACAUAAUAUUAUGAAGUGUCCAAAAUGCCAAUUUUACAAUGGGAAGGAGAGUUCAACAUAGAGGAAAAAGAAAUUUGUUUUUGAAUGUUUUUAAAUUUCGGACAUCCGGAUUGCUAAAAACCCCCCUCCCCCCUAUGUCGGGGUUUGUCCUGAUUUUCCAAAGCCUCCUCCCCACCCUCUGGUUGGACAUCCUUUGUGAAUGGCCCCAAACAGGCCAGAACUGGAGUUCAGAUCUGUAAAACAGCUUGGGGCCGUAGCUGGAAAAUGGAGUUUUCAAAUUAGGCAGUUGUUUGAAAAAAUAUAUUUAGGUACUCAACUUAAUAAACUAAAAAACUGAGUAAUUGUUUGCUUGUAGUACUCCAGGUUUUAGACUAAUGUUUUGUUGUAACUUUUCUAACAGGCAAAAGUCAAUGUUGCAGGACCUAGCGAUCGGACAAUUCGACGGGAUAUAGCUAACAGUGGGUUUUUCUGUGGUACAGAAAUCCAGGUAAU